CAGCGUCGCGUCGACCGUGAACCGCCUGUCAAAACCAAAGAGGAAACACUGUCGUUUGACUGAAGUGUAGAGAAGUGUGCUGCUCUAAUCUGCACAGGGUAAAGAUGCAGACACCUGCGGAGUCAAUCAUCCACAGUGGUUAUUUCCACCCGACACUCCGAUACUGGCAGACCUGCAUCACCGAUUUAAGACCUGACAAUCUCAUCUACCCGAUCUUCAUCACAGACAGUGCAGAUGCAGUGGAGCCCAUCGGUAGCCUGCCGGGACAGGCCAGAUAUGGGGUGAACAAGCUGGAGGGAAUGUUGAAGCCGCUUGUGGAGAACGGCUUGAAAUGUGUGCUGAUUUUUGGUGUCCCUGCAAAAAUAGCAAAGGACGAGAGAGGUUCGGGUGCAGACACAGAUGACACACCAGCCGUUCUGGCCGUGAAGAAGAUCAGAUCUUUGUUCCCGGAGUUGCUGGUGGCGUGUGACGUCUGCUUGUGUCCCUACACAUCACAUGGACACUGUGGUAUCCUGAACGAGGACGGUACUCUGAACAAUGACGCCAGCUGCCUGCGCUUGGCAGAGGUGUCGCUGGCCUACGCCCGGGCUGGCUGUCACAUCAUCGCUCCCUCUGAUAUGAUGGAUGGAAGAAUCAGAGCCAUAAAACAAGCACUCAUAUCCAAUGGUUUGGGAAACAAGGUUUCAGUGCUGAGCUACAGUGCAAAGUUUGCCUCUUGUUACUACGGUCCUUUCAGAGAUGCUGCACAGUCCAAACCUGCGUUUGGGGACAGACGCUGCUAUCAGCUGCCACCCGGAGCGAGAGGACUCGCCAUUCGAGCUGUGGAGCGAGAUGUGAGAGAAGGAGCUGAUAUGCUGAUGGUGAAACCAGGUCUGCCGUAUCUGGACAUUGUGAGAGAAGUCAAGGACAAGUUCCCCACUCACCCUCUGGCUGUGUACAACGUGUCGGGGGAGUUUGCCAUGAUAUGGCACGGAGCGCAGGCUGGAGCUUUUGACCUCAAAGCUGCUGUGAUGGAGGCCAUGACCGCCUUCCGCAGGGCAGGCGCUGACAUCAUCAUCACCUACUACACACCCCAGCUGCUCAACUGGCUGAAGGAGUGAAGAAGGAAGAUCUGAGGCCAGAGGACGGACGGUCAGACAAGCGGACCAACAGACAGACGCCUUUUAAGACUACAAACCUGCUGUUGACUCAGUCAUGCUAACGAAGGGUGUUAGAGGAGAUAAAGGUUACGAAAAACAAGCCUCUAUUUUCCUGUUUUUGUUCCGUACUGUGAUAACACCUGCACAUGUUAACCAGUGCAUCAGGUUUAUUCGCUGCAGCAGGUAUUUUUUUUUUAAAGCUUUUGAAGGGCUACUAAGGAGCUGACCACUGAGGAUGUAAGAGUUAAGUAUGAUGUUGUUUUCUUGUGGGUGUCAUAGCAUUAAAUCAAGUCAGUCAUCUCUUCACUAAUGUGAUUAUAGAAUGUAUAUUUGUAUGAAUUAUGGCUACACAAAUGUCUGAUAUAUCUGUGACUCAGCUAAAGCACUGUUCUCCCCCAACAAGCUUCUAUUAACCAGAGGAAAUAAAACCCUUCAUUGAGAGCUACAA